GAUUGUUAUAUAGAAAAGUACAUAGGUACAGAUUCGUGAUAUUAGAUCGUUGUAUGUUUAUGAAUCUUUCUUGUCAGUAAAACAUGGCUGAAAGUUUAAGUUUGAAAGAUUUAUCUGAGGACCAGAUACAAAAGGCAUUUGAUAAAUCGUCAAGCAAAUUCAAAGAACCAGGAGUAAAGUUUGUCUUAAUUACUAAGGCCAAUGAAGACAUUGCUUUAAGAAUGGCACGAGAAUAUUUUAUUACACAGGAACCAAUGAAUAAAUGUCUUGGAAUGAAGUGGACAGAGGAUGUUGAAGAGUAUUGGAAGAAAGGUAUGAAAACUGGUCUUUCUCUAAUGUUCUUGCAUGAUGAAGAUGAUGAUCCAAUUGCCUUUCAAAUCAUCGAAAUCGUCCGUUUUGAUGACAGAUGUGAUAUUGAAGGUAUUCAAUACCAAGGCCACAAAGACCUCGUUCGCUGCUUGGCAGAUUGUGACCGGAAUGCGGAUUUCUUCGGUCAUUUUCAAACUAAGGAAGCUUUUCACUUCCUUUCUUUGGGAGUGACUCCGAAAUACGGACAACGUGGCUAUGGGACAAAGAUAUUUAACUUUGCAAUUGAUUUUGUUCGAAAUUUUGAAAUCGAUCCGGUGUAUAUUAAAGUAGAAGGUUCAUCCAAUUUUUCAAAGAAAAUCUUUGAAAGGGCAGGUAUGGAAAUCUUACAUGAGAAAUAUUUUGAAGAUUGGGAAUUUGAAGGGAGGAAACCAUUCCAGAAUACGGGCAUUCAUAAAUCUCUAAAAUUAUAUUGACUUAAAUUGCCUGCAAAAUAACGUUGUUAGUGUGAUACAGUCAUAACCUUAUUGUUAUGAGCUAUAUUAGUUACAUUACAAGAAAAGAAGUUGUAAAUAUGGAAUGUCCAAUAUUUGACGUCACUCUCGUUUCAAAUUAUACAAGUUUUCUGUACGUACGAAAAAUUCUACGGUAAAAUGAAAUUUAACAAUUACCCAAAAAUAAUUCUUGGGGGAUUCAGGUUUUCCCUAUUUCACAUACAAUACUAUGAAAAUCCCAGUUCAGAGUUGAAAUGCUAUAAUGAAUCAAUAAUUCCGUUUUGUUUAGUUUCGCCCAUCGUUUUCGGGUUUACGACAAUGCUUUCUUUUACUUUGGGACCAUACGACGCUUUUCAUGGGAUAGCACUAAAGUGUCACAUUGAAGGUACCAUGAUAACCACUGUAUGAACACAUCUGCGCAAAAUUUC